AUGGCCAGACUUUCCAUCUUGCACUUCAUCCUGCUAAGUGUUUUGAUUGACAGGAGUCAAACCUGCUUUUGUGAUCAUUACCCAUGGACUCAGUGGUCCAGCUGCUCACAAACUUGCAAUUUUGGAACCCAAAGUAGAAAGAGAGAAAUAGUAGUAGACCAGUAUUAUGUGGAUAACUUUUGUGACCAGAUUUGCACCAAGCAGGAGAUCAGAGAAUGUAACUGGCAAGCAUGUCCCAUUAACUGCCUCCUGGGAGACUACGGACAGUGGUCAGAAUGUGACCCUUGUGUCAAAAGACAGUUUAAGUCUAGAUCAGUCUUGCGCCCCAGUCAAUUUGCGGGACAACCAUGUACUGAGCCCCUUGUGAACUUUCAGCCAUGCAUUCCAUCCAAGCUCUGCAAAAUUGAAGCGGUUGACUGCAAGAAUAAAUUCCGCUGUGACAGUGGCCGCUGCAUUGACAACAAGUUAGAAUGCAAUGGAGAAAAUGAUUGUGGAGACAAUUCAGAUGAAAGGGACUGUGGGCGAACAAAGGCAAUAUGUCUGCGGAACUAUUAUCCCAUCCCAAGUGUGAAGCUAAUGGGUACAGGGUUUCAUUUUCUGGCAGGAGAGCCCAGAGGAGAAGUCCUUGAUAACUCUUUCAAUGGAGGAAUAUGUAAAACUGUCAAAAGCAGUAGAGCAAGUAAUCCGUACCGUGUCCCAGCCAAUCUGAAUGCUGUCAACUUUGAGGUAAUUAAUGAAGAGGAUGAUUUGGAAACAGAUUUCUACAAGGAUUUAAUUUCUCUUGAAAAUGAUGACAAUAAAAAAGGUGUCUAUUCGGGUCAAUACAAGGACUCUUUUUCUGUACCAAUUUUCUACUCCUCCAAGACAAGUCAAAGUGUCAACCAUAGAUCAGCCUUCAGACAAGCUGUUAAAGCAUCCUACAAAAAAGAUUCUAAUUUUAUUAGGAUCCAUAAAGCAAUCAAAGUCUUAAACUUUACAAUGAAGAGUAGAGAUUUGCAGCUUUCUGAUGUCUUUUUAAAAGCACUUAACCAUCUGCCACUGGAAUACAAUUUUGCUUUGUAUAGCCGGAUAUUUGAUGAAUUUGGGACUCACUAUUUCACCUCUGGAUCACUGGGUGGUGUGUAUGAUCUCCUAUAUCAAUUUAGCAGUGAAGAACUAAAGAACUCAGGUUUAACAGAGGAAGAAUCCCAAAACUGUGUCAAGACUGAAACAACAAAACGCUUUCUUUUUGUCAAGAAAAAAAAAGUAGUACACCAGUGUACAACAAACAAGCUGUCAGAGAAGUAUGAAGGUUCAUUUUUGCAGGGAGCAGAGAAAUCGAUAUCCCUGGUUCAAGGAGGGAGAAGUGAGUAUGCAGCAGCUUUGGCAUGGGAGAAAGGGAGCUCCGGACCAGAGGAGAAAACCUUUUCUGAGUGGUUAGAAUCAGUGAAGGACAAUCCUUCUGUGAUUGGCUUUGAGCUUGCUCCCAUUGUGGACUUGAUAAGAAACAUCCCCUGUGCAGUGACAAAACGAAACAACCUCAGGAAAGCUUUUCAAGAAUAUGCAGCCAAGUUUGACCCUUGCAAGUGUGCUCCAUGUCCUAACAAUGGCCGACCCACACUAUCAGGGACUGAAUGUCUGUGUGUGUGCCAGAGCGGCACCUACGGUGACAACUGUGAGAGACGGUCUCCUGAUUUUCAAUCUAAUUCAGUAAAUGGGAACUGGGGCUGCUGGUCUUCCUGGAGCACAUGUGAUGUUACAUAUAAGAGACUGAGAACCCGAGAAUGUAAUAACCCUGCCCCUCAACAAGGAGGGAAACUGUGCGAUGGGGAACAGCGACAAGAGGAAGACUGUAUGUUUUCAAUAAUGGAAAACAAUGGACAACCAUGUAUCAGUGAUGAUGAAGAAAUGAAAGAGGUAGAUCUUCCAGAGACAGAGUCAGACUCAGGGUGUCUUCAGCCUAUUCCUCCAGAAAAUGGAUUUAUCCAAAAUGAAAAGAAACUCUACUCAGUUGGGGAAGAAGUUGAAAUUCUAUGCUUUACUGGAUUUAAAAUAGUUGGAUAUCAGUACUUCACAUGCUUACCCGAUCAGACUUGGAGGCAAGAAGAUGUGCAAUGCCAACCAAUAGGGUGCCUGAAACCAGUUCUCCAGGAAGUCAUCACAAUCUCACCCUUUGAGAGUGUAUAUAAAAUUGGUGACUUGAUUGAACUAACAUGCCCCAAAGGCUUUGUCGUUGCUGGACCAUCAAAGUACAGGUGCAGUGGUGAUUCCUGGAUACCACCAAUUUCAAACUCACUCACCUGUGAAAAAAGUAGUCUGACAAAAUUACAAGGCCAUUGUCAACCUGGACAAAAACAAUCAGGAUCUGAAUGCAUUUGUAUGCUUCCAGAAGAAGACUGUAGCUCUUAUUCAGAAGACCUCUGUGUGCUUGGUGUAGCUUCCAGCCAUUACUUUACUUUAUCUGCUUGUGAGUUUUCAGCCAAGAAAUGUUUGAAUAGCCAACAACUGCAUUUUCUGUAUAUUGGUUCCUGCCAAGAUGGCCUACAGUUACAAUGGGGUCUUGAAAGGUCAAAACUUUCAUCCGUGAGCACAAAGAAAGAAACCUGUGGCUAUGAUACCUGCUAUGACUGGGAAAAAUGUUCAGCCUCUACUUCCAAAUGUAUCUGCCUGUUGCCCUCCCAGUGCUUCAAAGGUGGAAACCAUCUCUACUGUGUCUCAAUAGGAUCAUCAACAAUUAAGAAAACAUUGAACAUCUGUGAAGUUGGAGCUGUAAGAUGUGCCAACAAAAAGCUGGAAAUAUUGCAUCUUGGGAAUUGUUUGACUUAA